AUGAGAAGCACAGCUGAGACGGCCAGCAAACACAGAGCAGACAGGAACCAAGUGCUGUGUCUGCUGAAAAAGAUGUCAAAAGGAGUUUCUACCUUCAUUCGUCUUUUUGUGCUCUUACUCAGUUUCUCCACCAUUUGUCUGGGAGUCUUCUGCAUUUCCACAAGUUCCUCCACAUGCAGAUGUGGUAGUAACCAGCUGGUGUUUUAUUGCCUGUUAGCUUUGGGGUUCUUUCUCCUUAUGACUGGCAUUUUCUGGAGCGCUUUCCAUGAAGUCUUCAAAUACAGGGGCCUCAGCAGCAUCUUCAUUCAAAGUCUCAGCUGUAGAGGGCUACAUGUCAACACCAUCGACAGGCCUGACUUCUAUCCCCCCUCCUAUGAAGACAGCACAGACCCUGAAAAACAGACCUCCCCACUGCCAGUUAUCUCCACACUAAAACAGCAAGAAGUCGUCAAUAUCCCGCCGCCUCCAUACAGCGAAAGCAGCGCAGAGUUCGUCAGUGAGACUUACGAGCAGGAACAGCCACCACCAUAUGAAUUAUCUGUGCCGCAGCUACGGCAGCAGCAAACAGCUGACCAAGGCUCAGACCCUGGAGGAGAGUCAAGUUCUCAUCCAUCCACACAAGAAAACAGUUACCAACAGGAUGCAGGCUGCCGGGGACCUCAGAAAGAGCAACGCCUGUCAAAACGUCUGAGACAGGCAGCGGGUAAAAUCCUGCAUCUGUGA